AUGGAGACGUUGACUUCCUACGCACAGGCUACGGCAGGACGUCCCUCCAGUGAUGACAGUGUCAAAAUGGGGGCUGUGAUUGAAGCCCCAGCACUUGGUCAAUCGGAAGGAAUUCAUUUCCGUGCUGUGGACUGUAGGAAACGUUUUGAGCAUAGUAUCCAGAUACUUAAGGAAAUCAGUCCUUCCGAGGCCCUCAACCAGCAAUUUGAUCGCGAUUCGUCGCUUUUUACGAUACGGGAAACAUUUGCACACUAUAAAGCUUGGGGUAACAAUAUUGCAGCGUUCCAAAACGUUAUGAUUCGAAGCUCGCUCGAGUUUCGCCUAAGAGAAGCUACAGAGAUACAACAAAGAGUUCUGAAAAUCCUAGCUAAUCUUCAAGUGUCGUUGUACGAGGCUGCUUUGAUUAUCACUGGCAAGGAACCGAAUGAGUCAUGGCCUGCUGAGGAACAUAGUGACUCCGACAAUGAGGAACCAGACUCGAAGCCAGAACAGACUUCAGAGCUACAGGAGCUGUUUAAAGCCAUGAGAGAUGCAAAUACGAAUCUUCUCAAGCUUUCUAUGGUUAUUCGAAACUCCCCAGAUCGGGAUGACUACCUCAAAGCUGCUACGAGAUAUGGAUUUGAUGCCAGUUAUGAUAUUGGGCACGUGAGAGAAAAGCACGGUUCUGCAAAGAACAGUGCUGAUUGGCUGAUUGUGCGACUUGGAAAGGCCAUUACACGGCGACGCCAAUACUUGAAAUAUCGUAAUGAUCAUCAUGGGAAACUUACGAGAGACUGGGACGAUGUUAUGAUCAAUGAAGAAGAAGACAAAACAAUUGCUUUAACCAAAGCAACAACUUUUGUUGAGAACACUACGGCAGUCCAGACACAUGGAUCGGAUUUAGGUGGCUCUUUCGGCUCGCAGACUUCUUAUGAGGCUACAACUAUGGGGGAGUCUACAGGAGUAUUAAAUGUACCAUCUCAUCCAAAAAUGGGAUUUGAAGACGUGCCGUUCCAGUUUGGUAGCCCCUUUCAAUGCCCAUACUGUUUGACAGAACAGGUGGUCAAGAACCGCUCUGCGUGGAAAAGACACGUUUUUAGAGAUCUGAAACCUUACGUAUGUACUUUCAAAGGUUGUGAUCAGAGAAUGUUCAGUAGCCGCAAUGAAUGGUUUGCGCACGAACUUCAAAAUCACCGAAGGGAAUGGGCUUGCCAACAAUGUCAACACGCCCCAUUCUCAUCCUCAUCAGCAUAUGAAGUUCAUUUAAAUUCGUGUCAUCAGGUUGAGCUCAAAGGGUCUCAACUCAAAGCAUUGCUGCUGCAAAGCGAAGAACCAGUGGAUAAAGUAUCUGCCACGGCGUGCCGACUUUGCGAUCAAUGGGAAACGAAUAUUGAAGACAAAGAGUAUGAUUAUAAACGAUUAUUUCCUGAUAAGGGACAACCAUCUCAAUCUCAUGGGACUAGUAGGCAGUUCAGAAGACACUUAGGGCGACAUAUGGAGCAAUUAGCUUUGUUUGCAUUGCCUAUGAAUGAAGAUGCAAUGGAGGACAAUAGCCUGAGUGAAGAAGAACAUUACGAAGAAUCAUCGGCUUCCGUCGUAAAAUCAACAGAAAUUGGCAAUGGCGGCCUUAUUGACACCUGGUCUCCCGGGCUCCCUGUUGACAGUGGCGUGGCUCCAAGAGAGCUAGAAGUUCCCACAAAUAGUAUCGAAGUCGAACUUGACGAUACUGCGCCCAGUGGCCGAGAUCCAGGUUGGACACAAGUAUCAGAUCUUGCAGAAAGCGCGAGACUACAGAACCGUAUUAAGCAGGGAGUGUAUCGUGAGCUAGAGCCAGAGUUCGAGGCUAAGUACAAUGUAAGAUUUUCUGACCCGAUCCGCCCCGAAGAUAUUACAUAUGCUACUAGAAAAAAUGGUGAAUUAGAGCUAUCGAAAGAAGAGCUUCACACCGCAUACUCAAAGUCAUCACCCUCAUAUCAUGACGGCCUUGAUUCAACAGAAGAUGAAUUCGGAAAUGACGCGCAGAUAAAAACACACACCGACCACCCUGAAGUCAAUGCGGAUGAUGCAAAAAAUAGAAAUUUGGCUCAUUUGUGGCCGGAAAACAGCGCUGAAUCUGUGUUGCCUACGUGUGAGAGAUGUGGCAAGAGUUUGACAAAAUGUGACGGCAAAAAGCCUUGCGGUAGUUGUGUUAGCAUGGGGCGUUCAGAAGAAGAGUGUUUAUACAAACCACAAGCUGAGAGUGCGAAUACGACGAUUGAUAUAAAUACACUGAGGAAGGAACGAAUGAAUUGUGUUAUUGAAUGCUCUAAUAGAGCAGUUGAGCAUGACACCAAUCAAGACUAUGCAGCCGCCAAAGAGGCAUACCUUGAAACAUCUAGACUGUUAGAAGCAUGUCUCGAUUCGAAUUCAACUGAAGAGGACAGAGAGAAGAUCAGUGGAAUCAAAAAAGCAUACGAUUCUCGCCUUCAAGUACUCAGAGAACUUACGGGGGAUCGUGAUUACCAUGAUACAUGA